GGAAGUGAUCAGCUGACUGAGCUGAAGCUAAGCUAAAGCUAACAGAGACAUGGCGUUCAUCACAGCCAACUGGAACCCGCUGGGAGAAGCUUUCUACCGCCAGGUGUGGUCUCUGCAUCACGUCACAGACAGAACAGGUGAGGGCAGGUACGUUACAUUCAGGACGAAAUGACCAGAAGAGUCCAGCCAAUCAGAAGCAGAGGUCAGUCAGUAAAACAGAGCUGUAUGAGAUGUGUUGGAGUCUGAGGGAUGGACUCAGAGACUGUCUGGUGGCUGCUGCUCCGUAUGGAGGACCGAUAGCUCUCCUCAGAGAACCUCUCAGACGUUCUCCAAGUUCUCGUCCUCAGUUGGAGAUUUAUUCUGCGUCUGGAGUUGCCAUCGCCAGCUUCCCGUGGAAAAGUGGUCCAGUGGUGCAGUUGGGUUGGACGGUCAGCGACGAGCUUCUGUGUAUUCAGGAAGACGGUUCAGUUCUGAUCUACGACCUGUUCGGAUCCUUUAAGAGACACUUCAGCAUGGGACAGGAAGUGGUCCAGACUCAGGUCUUGGAGGCCAAAGUGUUCCACUCUCCAUAUGGGACAGGGGUCGCCAUAGUAACAGGCUCCUCCCGCUUCACCUUGGCAACCAACAUUGAUGACCUGAAGCUUAGGAGGUUACCCGAAGUCCCAGGUCUGCAGGGGCCUCCGUCCUGCUGGGCCGUCCUGACCCAGGACCGCCAGACCAAAGUCCUGCUGGCUACCGGACCAGACCUCUACAUCCUGGACAACACGUCCUGCACCGCUGUGUGUCCUCCAGGUCUCGGUCCUCAGGCCGGCAGUAUCGUCCACAUGUGUGUAUCCUUCAGCUAUAAAUACCUGGCUCUCUUCACUGACACCGGACACCUGUGGACAGGCCCCUCCCACCUCCAGGACAAACUGAGUGAGGUUGACACCAAGGUGAGGACGCCUCCCAAACAGAUGGUUUGGUGUCGAAGACCGAAGUCCCAGCAGCCGUCUGUGGUGUUGAUGUGGGACAGACUCCUCCUGGUGGCCGGAGUCUGUAGUGACACCAUCCAGUUCCCGCUGGAGGAUCAGUGUGUUUGUGUCGGCGAGCUGGACGGCGUUCGGAUCAUUAGCUCGUCCAAUCAGGAGCUGCUGCAGGAGGUCCCUUUGGUCUGUCAGGACAUCUUCAAGAUCGCCUCCAUGGCGCCCGGAGCUCUGCUGCUGGAGGCUCACCGCGAGUACGAGAAGUGCAGUCAAAAGGCUGAUGAGUACCUGAGGGAGAUCAAGGAGCAAAGCAUGCUGGGAGAAGCAGUCAGACAGUGUGUGGAGGCAGCAGGACACGAGUACGACUCCAACACCCAGAAAUCCCUGCUGAGGGCGGCGUCCUUUGGAAAGUGCUUCCUCACAGACUUCAGCCCGGACUCGUUCGUGUCGACCUGCAGAGAGUUGCGAGUGCUGAACGCCGUCAGAGACGCCAGCGUGGGUUUGCCGCUCACACACACACAAUUCAAACAGAUGACUCUGCAGGUGUUGAUCGACAGGUUGGUGUAUCGACAGUUUUAUCCGUUAGCGAUAGAAAUCUGUCGUUACCUUAAGAUUCCAGAUUAUCAGGGAGUCAGCAGAGUUCUCAAACACUGGGCUUCAUGCAAGGUGCAGCAGAAGGACCUAUCAGAUGAGGCCAUAGCCAGAGCGGUGUGUCUGAAGGUGGGAGACUCACCUGGUGUUUCCUAUUCACACAUCGCAGCCAAAGCUUAUGAAUGUGGACGCACCGAGCUCGCCAUCAAGCUGCUGGACUACGAGGCUCGCUCAGGUGAGCAGGUUCCUCUGCUGCUGAAGAUGAAGAGGAGUCAGCUGGCUCUCAGUAAAGCCGUGGAGAGCGGAGACACUGACCUGGUGUACACGGUGGUGAGUUACCUGAAGAAUGAGAUGAACAGAGGAGAUUUCUUUAUGACUCUGAGGAACCAGCCAGUCGCUCUCAGCCUCUACAGACAGUUCUGUAAGCUGCAGGAACAGGAGACACUGAAGGAUCUUUAUAACCAGGACGACGACCACCAGGAGCUCGCUAACUACUACGUUACUGCCAGUUACAGAGAAAAGAGGUUAGAGACCCGUCUGUCCCUCCUGCAGACCGCUGUGGACGAAUACAACAAGGCCAAGAACGAGUUUGCUGCCAAGGCCACAGAAGAAGAGAUGAAACUGCUGCGAUUCCAAAGAAAACUGGACGACGAGAAAGGGGCGGGGCUCCUGGGACUGUCUCUACAGGCAACCAUGGAGGCUCUGCUGGCUCUAGGACUUCACAAACAGGCUGAACAACUUUACAGAGACUUCAGAGUCCCUGACAAAAGAUAUUGGUGGCUGAAACUGAAGUCUCUGGCAGAGAAGGAGGAGUGGGAGGAGUUAGAGAAGUUCUCAAAGAGCAAGAAAUCUCCUAUUGGCUACCUGGCAUUUGUGGAAGUCUGCAUGAAGAGUAACAACAAGUAUGAAGCCAGGAAGUACGUUUCCAAGGUGACGCCUGAGCAGAAGGUCAAAGCUCACCUGGCCGUCAGUGACCUGGAGGGCGCGGCAGAGGCGGCGAUCGAGCGCAAGAACGAAUCAGAGAUGGGGGCGGUCCUCUCCAGAUGCUCCGCCUCCGACCGGCUGUUGAUUGACAGGUUGAAUCGAGCCAAAGCUUCCGCUGCCAAAAAGUGAUCCUGUAUUCUGAAUGUUUGUACAGAGCCUGCCAAAAAGUGAUCCACAGUUAACAUAGCAACCAGUUUCUUCUUUUUGUGCUUUAAUGUCAGAAGUAGCCCAGUAUUUAUUGAUCUGUGGUAAUAAAUGAUUGAUUAUUAAUCACUCAGCUGCUCUGAUGGAACACGUUUUCUUCUUCUCUGAUUAAAAACUGUCCUGAAGUAACAAACCAAUCAGAAGAAGCUUCACAGGUGAUUGUGACAUGUGACCUCACCUGUUCACUCAGUUUGACGUCUUUUAUUAAAUAUUCUUUAGUUUGUUUGUCUCUUUGCACUAAAUGAGUUUAAUUUGUUGAUAAAUUUGAUAUUUUGUCAUUCUGCUGCCUGAAUAAAACAUCUUGUUUGUGAGGCUGCUGAACGAA